UCCUUUAUAACCUAUCCAUAGACCACCUCCAUUCUACAUAAACUCAAAAAAAAGUGUCUCUUUGAUCUGUGGUUCUUUUUCAUGGCUGACGUUCAAAGGGUCGAAUCGCAGUCAUGAAGCUGAACGUCUCCUACCCGGCAACGGGAUGUCAGAAGUUAUUUGAGGUAGUGGACGAGCACAAGCUCCGCAUCUUCUAUGAGAAGCGCAUGGGCGCUGAAGUGGAGGCUGACCAACUAGGCGAUGAAUGGAAGGGUUACGUGCUUCGAGUCGCCGGUGGCAAUGACAAGCAGGGCUUCCCUAUGAAACAGGGAGUUCUGACUAACAGCCGGGUGCGCUUAUUGAUGUCAAAAGGUCACUCCUGCUACAGACCCCGCCGUGAUGGUGAGAGGAAACGCAAGUCUGUCCGUGGCUGCAUUGUUGAUGCUAACCUGUCUGUGUUGGCCUUAGUUAUUGUCCGCAAGGGAGCCCAGGAAAUUCCUGGACUUACAGAUGGCAAUGUACCUCGUCGUCUAGGUCCCAAGCGUGCCUCCAAGAUCCGUAAGCUGUUCAACUUGAGCAAAGAGGAUGACGUCCGCCGCUAUGUCGUCAAACGCGUCCUUCCUCCAAAGGAGGGCAAGGAGAACGCCAAACCCAGACAUAAGGCCCCCAAAAUCCAGAGGUUAGUGACGCCCGAGGUGCUGCAACGCAGACGCCACCGGCUGGCGCUGAAGAAGAAGCGCCUCGCCAAGCGCAAGGCGUCGGAGGCCGAGUACGCCAAGCUGCUCGCCCAGAGAAAGAAGGAAUCCAAGGUACGCCGCCAAGAAGAGAUCAAACGCAGGCGUUCGGCUUCAAUUCGUGACUCAAAGAGCUCCAGCACGAGUGCGCCGCAAAAGUGAUCAACUUUAAAAUAAUAAAAAAAAUGUAAAACUUACACAA